AAUAACCACGCUGCGGUAAACACGCGAAUUUGAAUGGAUAAACAAAAGUGAAAAGAAAACCGAAUAAAAAACGCUUAAUAUUAACGAAACAAAAAGCUGAUAGCGGUAAAGAAGUGGGGAACGGACGCAUGCGCACAUACCAAAACCAAUAAUAAAGUUAAAGUAAAACAAGUUUUCGAUCGGUACAAUUUCGCAUGAUACAAAAAAGUGAUGACGCAGAGCAGUAAAGCCAGUGUGUGAUGGCUGUAAUUUUUGUUGUUGUUUUUUCUUUUAGUGUAUCUGUGAUAGUGCAAUGAAAUUUCUUAAUAUCUGAAAGUGAUUCAUUAAAUUGUUUACCAAACGAAUGAAAACAUAAUAUUUUCUUUAAGAAAAAUAAUGAAAAAAUGCACUAAAACAAUAAAGAAAAACGAAAAAAUAAUUAUAAAUUUCAACUUUAAUUAAACCUUAUCAAAUAAAACAAAAUAAGAAAGAAAAAUAUACCACGUAGUCACAAAAAUACAUACACUAUUUUGUAGUGUAUCUAUAAAUAAUUUUCUUUAUUUAAUUAAUUUCUGUUAAAAUGACAUUGAAUACGUUGUAUUCAAUAAGCGGAAGUCGUCGCAGUAGUGUAAUUUUAAACAAUUUAACAAAUUUCAACUGGCAUUGUUUAUAUGUAAUUAUAAUUGUAUUAUAUUUACAAUCUCCUUCACCAACGAAGGCAGUAGUUGAUUAUGAUGACGAGGAGGGCCCAUACCAAGGAAAAUACUUAGGAAAAAUCAAUUCUUACCAUCAUCAGGUGUCUGGUGAUAUAUAUGCCGUAAAUGAAUUCACCUUCUUAGUGGUGGGCUUUAAUUAUGAUGGCAAUGGUGCUGAUACGUUCUUUUGGGCGGGAGCUUCCAAUCGACCGGGACCACAAGGUUUCAUCGUACCCGAUGAAUAUGGGAAAACCAACAUUUUGGAUCGUUAUCAUAACAAAGACUUUACCUUGUCACUGCCGGAUCGCAAGAAAAUAACCGAAAUAAAAUGGCUUUCAGUUUAUGAUUUAAAUAAUCAGAAUAAUUUCGGUGAUGUUUUUAUACCUGAGGAGUUUGAACCACCACGACCUCAAGGUGGUGGUACUUUUUCGAAACGUAGCCAUAAUGUUAGUAGUACGGCCAUUGAAAUUUUAGAUUCGAAAACUAUACAAAUUAUCGAUUUUACUUAUGAUGGCAAAGGAAAGAGAACAUUUUUCUGGGCUGGCGUAGGAGCGCAACCCUCAAGUCGCGGUAGCAAAAUACCAGAUGAAAGUGGAUACCUAGAUCCCAUACGCAAAUAUGAUAAGGAGACCAUAACAUUGGAAUUACCUGGAGACAAAACUGUCUUUGAUAUUGAUUGGAUCAGUAUUUAUGAUUUGGCUGAUAAUGAAAAUUAUGGUCAUGUUUUAAUAGCAGAUAAUUUAAAUGUACCUCCUUCUUUGGUAAAAAUAACACCAUAUGAAUUUUCUCUACCAAAUUGCCGACAAUUGCAUAAAAAUUUACAAGUAUCCUGGGAAGUAUUUGGUCCACAAAUUACCCUACAACUUUCCGGUCAAGUUGAAAAGAAUGAUUACAUGUCAUUUGGUCUAUCGGGUUCAGAUACUUCGUCACAAAUGAUUGGAGGUGAUGCGGUGGUCGCCUAUAUGGAUGAUAUUCGAGGUUAUUCGGUAGAUUAUAAUAUAACAUCAUUGGCUCCCUGUGUCCAAGUGCUGGGUCAGAACAAAGGUGUGUGUCGUGAUGAUGUAGUGGGUGGUUUAAAUGAUUUUCAAUUGAAUACCUAUAGUCGAAAAGAUGGUAUUAAUACGAUAACCUUUAGGAGAACCUUAAUAUCAUCCGAUCAUGGUGAUAAGGAAAUACGUUUAGACAAAAGCAAUUACAUUAUAUGGGCUUUAGGUCAAUUGGAUUCAAAUUAUGAACCUGCCUUCCACACAUACUAUCCCAAAAGUGACGUUUUGAUUGAUUUCAAUACAACGGAACCGGUCAACGACUGCUUUAGUUUUACCAAACGUACUGAUGCACCCAUACAUACCUGGGAGAAAGUAAAAAUAUUAGAUCCCACUGUCCGAACAUUUAACUCCUAUUUGGGUCCUUCUGGAGGAUUGAAAGGUUAUCAGGGUAUUACUGGUCAUGUCUCCAGUGGUUUAGCGUGGUAUAUAAAUGGAUAUAUGAUACCGGAAUUGUAUUUGAAAAGAGGUCUUACUUAUGCAUUUAGGGUAAGAGGUGGCAAUAAUCCCCAUUCACCCGACAAUUAUCACCCGCUCGUCAUAACUGACGAACCACGCGGUGGUUAUGAUCGUCUUAGCGAUGCAAAACAGAGUGAAAUUCGAGUUUUAGCUGGUGUCGAAUUUACCCGACGUGGCCGACCAAAGCCCACUGCGGCCGGACCUUUGUGCAUAUCACGUUAUCCCGCCGGCUAUGAUCGUCGUCUAGAUGAUAAUUUUCCCAGCUUUAAGAAAUUUAAUCGUUCUCUUGUCACCGAAUGUCCCUACGAAGAACCCGCCAUAUUGGAAAUUACACCGAAUAUAACAUGGCCCGAUAUUGUGUAUUACAAUAGUUUUACACACGCCAAUAUGGGCUGGAAGAUACACAUUAUUGACAGCUAUACUAAUGUGAGAAAUCAGGGCAACAGAAUGUUGAGGGAAAAUUGGAACUCUGUAGUUGGAGGAGUAUUAAUAGUAACAAUGAUUUAUUUUAGAUUUUGAAAAUGACUGAUGAUCUUAAAUACUUUUGUUUUUGUUGUAGUAGUUAUUUAAAAGAAAAGUAUAUGUAGUUUUUUCGUAAUAAUUUGCAGGUUUUUAUUUUCCAAAUUGUUUAAUAUUUUAUGAUACACAAUUAUUUUGGUUUUAUUUUUUUGUUCAAGAUAUUUUAAAUUCAAUAAAUAUAAAUACUUUUAAUAAUAUUUUCCUUUUUUUCUUUAUUAAAUAUGUAUGUAAGUUUAUGUACGUAUAUAUGUAUGUAUAUUAUUUCAUGCUUUUAAUUUCCUUGUAGAAGAGUUCCAAGAAUAAUUUAUAAUAAAUAUAUUGUAGUAUUGAAA